GUGCGAAAUCCCUCUGCAAUAUACGAUCGCGCUGUAGAACACGAGAGUGAGUUCUUCGAUGGCGGCAAAGAAGGAGCCAAAGACGCACAGAGUCACAAGCGGCGUGCAGAUAGUCCAGUCAAUCCCGCCGACGAUAAAAAGCCGAAAACCGAAGAUGAUGCUGGUGCGCCUCCCAUCUAGUUCUUCGCACGCAUCCCAUAAUCCUCCAUAUUGGAGCUAUGUAGAGAAGAAUAGUCAGCAGUAUUUUCAACUUGAGUCGUCUGAAGUGAAACUGUGAGA